ACAAGACCACACUUGCUGGUUUCAGACUUUGUUGGAAAACAAAAAGAGCAGCCAGGGAGCUGACAGACAAGCCGAGUCCUGCUGCAGUCUCAGGUGUGGCCUCAUAACUGACAACGCCUGCCGAAGUCGAGGGGCCUGCAGCGGCAUAUUGAAUAAAGUCACAUCGUCAGUUCACGAGACAUCGAGGACAUAAACAGUCCUAGCCUGCUGAGAGGUCACUUGAACUUUGGUGAAAGGAGCCUUUAGAAGAAACAAACAGUCAUUUAAACCACAAAAUCUAAAGAUGAGUGAAGACGACUUGUGUAAGAAGUUUGUGUCAAUGAUCUCCAGGAAAGGAAGAUCUGAUGAAGACAUUGCUGCUCUGUCUGGUUUAACACAGAAGUUUCCUAAAGUAAUACAAACAUUCUCUCAUGAGGAUCUCCUCAAAAUCACCGAGUUCUACAAGCCCUACCUGGCCUAUGUGAUUGAAUAUGACAUCAGGAGUCUCCUGCAGAACCUGGCCACCAAGAACAUCCUAACCAACGAUGAGGCCAAGAGAUUCAAAGCAAAAGAACAGUGUGAGGGGCGAGCAGGUGUGGAGUCCUUCAUCAGUGACAUAAUGAAGAUGGACAGUGCAGUACUGGUGAGCCUGUGGGAAGCCUUGGCUGAAGAACUUAUGAGAUUUCCGUCGCCAAACCUUCCAAGAAUACUGAAAGAGGUGACAAUGCAUGGACCAGACCUCUUGAAGGACAUUCAGGCCAGUCUCCAGCCCGCUCCCAUUGACACUCAAAUUAAAAACCUUCAUGAGAUACACAGAGAUGGUGUGUCCGAAUCUACAAGAUCUCUGGAGGAUCAGGCUUCUCUUGGAGAUCCAUGCACCAGAGCUGUGGGCUUUGAGAGUCGAUACACAGAGCUGAUGGUCUUUAAACAGUUCAAAAGAACCUACAGUGAGAGGCUCCAUGAACUUGAGAAGAUGGGGAAGACUCACGCAGAGCUAAUAGAGGAGCGGACAAAAGAGAAAUGUGAGCGAAUCUGGACAGAGCAGCUUUUUAGGAGGAGUCCUGGAAGUGAGACAGACCCUCACAUUGUAGUGGUCAGUGGGGUGGCUGGAAUUGGGAAGUCUACCAUGGUUCAGAAGAUCAUGUUUGACUGGGCCAGAGGCACUCAGUACCAGAGGUUUGCUUUUGUGUUUCUAUUUAAAUUCAGGGAGCUCACACUACUAGAUACAGAGACAGAACCACAGAUGCCUCUGACCAGGCUGAUUGUAAGGCACUAUAAAUAUCUCAAUGACCCAAGACUGAGACAAAUCCUGCAGAAACCUGAAUCUCUCCUCUUUAUAUUUGAUGGACUGGAUGAGUACAAACACAAACUGGACUUUACACACAGUAAGCUCUGCUCAAACCCAGAGGAGGACUACUUUCCUGUACACACCCUGGUCACCAGCCUGGUCAGAAGGACAUUACUGACGGGCUGCACAGUCCUGAUAACCACCAGACCAACAGCCCUGGAAACACUGGCCAUGAAGAGAGUUGAUCGAUUUGCAGAGAUCCUGGGGUUCUUCCCUGAACAAAGGCUGAUGUACUUUAACAAGUUCUUUGGUGAUGCUGAUCGAGGCUCUGAGGCUUUUCAGUACGUGGAGGAGAACGCCAUCCUGUACACAAUGUGCUUCAACCCCUCGUACUGCUGGAUUAUCUGCUCUGUGCUGAAGAGCCACUUCAUGACACCUGAAGAAGAGCGAGGAGCCGCACCCAGAACUGUCACUGAGCUCUUUGUGAUGUUCCUUCACAACAUCCUCACCAAACACAAGCGAGAAGCCAAAGACCAGCGAGAAAUUCUGAUCAAACUAGGAAAGAUGGCUUAUUAUGGAGUGGUGAACAAGACUCUUGUGUUUUAUGACAAGUUUGAGAUGUCCACCUUUGGUCUCCAGACAGUUGUCUUGUCCUCUACAUUCCUCUCAGGGUUCCUCAAAGAAAUCCUUCAGAGGGAAAGCACUCUGGAGCACACGACAUACACAUUCUACCACCUCACCCUGCAGGAGUUCAUGGCUGCCUUAUCAUAUUACCUCGAUCCAUCAGGGGGCAUUGAGGAGCUACUUGUGAAGCUGGACUUGUGUAAAGAUGGCCGGUUUGAGAUUCUCACUCAAUUUUUAGCAGGACUGGCCAGGCCUUCUGUGUUUAAAACACUAGGGGGAGUCCUGGGAGAGUUUGAGAGGAAAACAGCAAAGAGGAUACUGGAGUGGGUGAAGCAGAAAGCUGAACAGGCGCUACAGGGUGAAGAUAAAGGUGAAGUUCUGCGAGUGUGUCAGUGGCUCUAUGAGACUCAGAAUAAGAGAUUAAUUAGAGACGCCAUUGGGAAAGAUUUAAAGAUGGACUUUACUAGAAUGAUUUUAUCUCCUUUGGACUGUGCUGUGCUAGGCUCUGUCAUCAGCUGCUGUGGAGAACUUGAGGAGCUCGACCUGAAAUACACACAUCUGACCUCCGAGUGCAUCAUGAGACUGGCACCAGGGCUCAUCUGCUGCAGACGUAUUGACCUGUCUCGUUGUCGUCUCACCUCCAGAUGUUGCUCAGCUCUCUCCUCAGCUCUGUCUUCUCCACACUCACGACUGACUGAAUUGAACCUGAGCAACAACAACAACAUGGAGGACUCAGGAGUGAAUCAGCUGUGUGAGGGGAUGAGGAGUGAAAACUGCAAAUUAGAGAAACUGAACCUGUCUAUUUGUCGUCUCACCUCCAGAUGUUGCUCAGCUCUCUCCUUGGCUCUUUCUACUCCACACUCACGACUGACUGAACUGGACCUGAGAGAGAACCACAAUAUGGAGGAUUCAGGAGUGGAUCAGCUGUGUGAGGGGCUGAGGAGUAAAAACUGCAAAUUAGAGAAACUGAACCUGUCUUAUUGUGGUUUCACAUCCACAUGUUUCUCAGCUCUCUCCUCAGCUCUUGGUUCUUCACAAUCACAACUAACAGAACUGAACCUGAGCAUCAACAACAACAUGGAGGACUCAGGAGUGGAUCAGCUGUGUGAGGGGCUGAGGAGUGAAAACUGCAAAUUAAAGAAACUGAACCUGUCUUAUUGUGGUCUCACCUCCAGAUGUUGCUCAGCUCUCUCCUCAGCUUUUUCUGCUCCACACUCACGACUGACUGAACUGACCCUGAGCAAAAACAACAUGGAGGAUUCAGGAGUGGAUCAGCUGUGUGAGGGGCUGAGGAGUGAAAACUGCAAAUUAGAGAAACUGGGCCUGUCUCGUUGUGGUCUCACCUCCAGAUGCUGCUCAACUCUCUCCUCAGCUCUUUGUGCUCCACACUCACGACUGACUGAACUGAACCUGAGCAAGAACAAGGACAUGGAGGAUUCAGGAGUGGAACAGCUGUGUGAGGUGCUGAGGAGUGAAAACUGCAAAUUAGAGAAACUGAACCUGUCUAAAUGUUGUCUCACCUCCAGAUGUUGCUCAGCUCUCUGCUCAGCUCUUUCUGCUCCACACUCACGACUGACUGAACUGAACCUGAGAGAAAACAACAAAAUGGAGGAUUCAGGAGUGGAUCAGCUGUGUGAGGGGCUGAGGAGUGAAAACUGCAAAUUAGAGAAACUGGAGCUGUUUUAUUGUCGUCUCAUCUCCACAUGUUGCUCAGCUCUUUCCUCAGCUCUUUCUGCUCCACACUCACGACUGACUGAACUGAACCUGAGCGGCAACAACAUGGAGGAUUCAGGAGUGAAUCAGCUGUGUGAGGGGCUGAGGAGUGAAAACUGCAAAUUAGAGAAACUGGACCUGUGGUCAUGUUGUUUCACCUCCAGGUGUUGCUCAGCUCUCUCCUCAGCUCUUUCUUCUCAACACUCACGACUGACUGAACUAAACCUGAACAACAACAACAUGAAGGACUCAGGAGUGGAUCAGCUGUGUGAGGGGCUGAGGAGUGAAAACUGCAAAUUAGAGAAAUUGAACCUGUAUCAAUGUGGUCUCACCUCCAGAUGUUGCUCAGCUCUCUCCUCAGCUCUUUCUGCUCCACACUCACGACUCAAUGAACUGGACCUGAGUGACAACAACAACAUGGAGGAUUCAGGAGUGGAUCAGCUGUGUGAGGGGCUGAGGAGUGAAAACUGCAAAUUAGAGAAACUGGACCUGUCUCAAUGUUGUCUCACCUCCAGAUGUUGCUCAGCUCUCUCCUCAGCUCUUUCUGCUCCACACUCACGACUCAAUGAACUGAACCUGAGCAACAACAACAACAUGGAGGAUUCAGGAGUGGAUCAGCUGUGUGAGGGGCUGAGGAGUGAAAACUGCAAAUUAGAGAAGCUGGAGCUGUUUCUUUGUCAUCUCACCUCCACAUGCUGCUCAGCUCUCUCCUCAGCUCUUUCUGCUCCACACUCACGACUGACUGAACUGAUCCUGAGCAGCAACAACAACAUGGACGACUCAGGAGUGAAUCAGCUGUGUGAGGGGCUGAGGAGUGAAAACUGCAAAUUAGAGAAACUGCACCUGUCUCGUUGUGGUCUCACCUCCAGAUGUUGCUCAGCUCUCUCGUCAGCUCUUUCUACUCCACACUCACGACUGACUGAACUGAACCUGAGUGACAACAACAUGGAGGAUACAGGAGUGGAUCAGCUGUGUGAGGGGCUGAGGAGUGAAAACUGCAAAUUAGAGAAAUUGAACCUGUGGUCAUGUCGUCUCACCUCCAGAUGUUGCUCAUCUCUCUUCUCAGUCCUCUCUUCUCCACACUCACAGCUGACUGAACUGUACCUGAGCAAAAACAGACUGGGAGAUUCAGGAGCUCAUCAGCUGUGUGAGGGUCUGAGGACCCCAAACUGUAAAUUAAAGAUACUGAGGCUGUCUGGUAAUGAGAUCAAUGAGAGUGAGAAGAAGAACCUGAGGUCACUACAGGAGGAGCUGAACAGGACUGGACGGCAGGUGAAUAUCAACAUAUGAGAAGACAGGACAUGCUGAUCAACUGACCCCAGUGAUGGUGCCCCCUGUCCACUCUCUCUGAAUCCUUCUCUUUAUUAUUUUAUAAUCUCCUCAGCUCUCCUCCACAUUUAAUAAACUCUCCUUGUCUUCUUCUCA